UAACAACUUGCUGGAGGCUAUUCAAAUGAGCCACACCGUGGGAUGUAAGGAGCUCUCUGAUUGGUCAGAGAGCUGCCCGCUUUAUUCACUGUUACGCGCACACUUUAGGCGCCACAUUGCACAAUGCUUUAGAAAAUUAACGGUGCUUGUGCUUGUGCCAGGGCGUUUUGCCUGGUCCGUCUGUAACCUGAAAAUGUCCAGCAUAUCACGCAUAUUGAGGGACAUUGCCAGUGAGAUGGAGCGGAGGGCAGAGACUGUUUCGUCGACAGAAGAACUCUCAUCAUCAUCCGUGCCGUCAAGACACCCUGUUGACGCUGAAGUGUGCAGAAUAUUUGCCUCAUAUGGUAACAGGGUCCCUGGCAACCCUUCCAUUGCUGCACGACGUCGAUCUACAUACACAAGAGCCUAUUUCUGUUUGUCCAAGAUUGAUCAGACUAUAGCACCGACUAGAGAAGAAAAAGAAUUUCUUAGUGCUGCUGGCCUAGGGGAGCAGAGAAUUACUUUUUUUGGUGAUGAAGGCAGUGCAGAGGAAUUUCGAAGUCACAUUCUGGUUGCCUACCCAAAACUAAAUGGCUGUGGAGGGUUUGAGCUUUUAAAAGUUUCUGGGUUAACAAGGAGCAAAAAGCUCUCUGUGAUACCUUGCCCAAGGACAGGGUAUACCAUAAAGUCUGUCAGGAUACAUAUCAAACACUCCCUCAUCUACAUCCGUCCGAUGCAAAAGAAUAUCGACACAACUCCUGUAGAACAUCAGACUGGCGGUUAUGGUCCCAAGGAAAAAUGUCUGACGUGUUCAGAAGAAUUCUUUUUCAGUGAACUGAAGGAUCAUGUCAAACACUGCAAGUCUCCAAAUGAGAUCGACACAGCAUUACCUGAAAUUUGCCAUCCAGUGAGCCCAGAAUUUCCUUUUCCGACUAGUCCAGACAGAGAUAACUCAUCCUCUGAUACAGGAAUCAUUGACUUAACAGAUGACCAAGUUCCGGAGUCCUUGGAAGAAUGGAGAGCCAUGCGUUCCCAGCAGGAUCAAGAGUACCAAGACUGCUUGCUUGCAGAUCAAGAGAAGUCUGACUUACAGAAAAAGUCGGCUGAAAUGGAAGAGAGACGGAUAAAGGCCAUAUCUGAGAGGCAGUUGAGACUGAUUGGUGUUCCAGAGCAAGCUCAUGGCAUACCACUCAGAUUUAAAUACCCUAGCGGCAUUACCAGAACAAGGCGAUUUGUCCUAACUGAAUCCAUUCAGAUAUUGUUUGACUUUGUCGGAGAAGAUGAAGAUGCCACAGAAUAUUUUCAUAUUCAAGAUGCUCUCUCAGUAACUAGACUCAACAGCAACAUGUCUGGCACCUUUCUGGAUAAUAACAUCAUAAGGUCACAAACACUGUAUGUCCACUGGAUUCAACCUGAGUCUCCAGAGUUUGUUCCUGCACUUGAUUACAACAAUCAUGAAGUAGCUCCAAACUUUAACAACAUGUCUUGUUCCCCAUUGACUGAUUCUCCUCCUGCUCAUGGGCGAUCUUUCUCUCCCAAGAGGGCUGACCUUAAAACCAUUCUGAAUGGACUUUGGGCGAAGAUUGAUAACACUUCAUGCCCCACGAGUAAUCAGAUCAACAUAUGCAGAGACUACACUGGCAAUGUCCACAACAUAAUGAAAAGUACCUUGCAGGCCUUCAGACGUCGACGUUUCAAUCCUGCGGCAAGAUUGGAUGUUGUUUUUGUUGACAGUGAAAAAACAUCUGAAGGUGCAGUAGAUGGUGGUGGUCCCACAAGAGAGUAUUUGAGGUUGCUGAUGAAGGCCAUUCAUCAGUCUAACAUAUUUGAAGGACCGGAGAAGGACAAGAGAUUGACCCUCGACACUCAUGCCUUGGAGGGGAAACUGUACACACAGAUCGCGCGAAUGAUAUCUGUGUGUGUAAUCCAUGGCGGCGUGGCACCUAAUUUCUUUUCAGACAGAUUAUUUAAUCAAAUCUGUGGGAAACCUAGCCUUCCUGCAACCUUGGAAGAAGUGGGUGAUUUCACCUUUAAGGAAAAGCUUUUGGAGAUUAAGAACGCAACAACUGUUGAAGAUGCAAAAGCGGCCAUAGAGAAGGCAGAGGACAGUCUUGCCAUUGUUGGGGCCUGGAGAAACAUCACAACACUGCGACAGCGGGAUGCCCUGGUGCAGUCCGCUGUUGACUUCUUCGUUGAGGGCAGAUUAAAUGUGGCUUUGCAACAGUUCACAGAGGGCUUCAACACCCUAGGCCUCCUCCAGGAUAUUAGGGCACACCCUGAUUUAUUCAGAAAUCUGUUUGUGGAGGAUGUGGAACCUUUAAAAGCUGCUGACCUCUCAGCAGUAUUUCAGGUCAACUUUUCAACACCAGGAACACAUAAAAGAGAGAUCGAAAGCCAGACGAUAUGCUUCUGGAGAGACUGGCUCAUUGAUGUAGAAGAUGGAGAAUGUGCACCUGUGACCUUGGAGAAUGUCCUGGAAUUUGUUUCUGGAUCCUCUUCAAUACCCCCAAAUGGCUUUCUUAUGCAGCCCACAAUCGAGAUUCUUCCAGAGGAUUCUGGCAAGAUUUUUCCUGAGGCAAAUACAUGUAACAUUGUUUUGAAAUUACCAGUGCACAAAGAUUAUCAAUCAUUUAAAGCACAAAUGUGCAAUGCUAUACUUUGGGCACCAACAUUUGGCGUGGCAUAGAUGGACACCAUUUACAUUGUCCAUUUUGAAUACUUCACAGUGCAGAUUUUGAGUUAUUGCUUAUAACUAUUUUAUGUUUCAUAUAGCACUAUUAUGAAAGCUAUGACUGUAAGAUUAAAAGUAAUAGUUCAAUACUCUUUUGUUGUUGAAGGUUUAAAGUUUUAUAGACGGGUAUCAACAGAAAUUAGGAGUAAAAAAGCACGACCUACAUAACCAGCCCUUUUGUAGUCAGGAAUGUGUUUUCAGGACAGUGGUUGUCCAGUUAGUAUUGAACUGACCUUUUCUGUUUUAGUUUAUGAAA